GCUGAUAGAGUUCCAGACAUGGAGAAGAGGAACUUAUUGAAUCUGCUUCUUCUUGGUGCUCUUUCACUUCCUACUGCUGGAAUGCUUGUUCCUUAUGCUACCUUCUUUGCCCCUCCAGGGGCAGGUUCUGCAACUGGUGGUACCGUUGCCAAGGACGCCAUUGGGAAUGAUGUCAUCGCCGAGCAAUGGCUCAAGACACAUGGACCUGGCGACCGUACUCUUACACAAGGAUUGAAGGGGGAUCCUACCUACCUUGUGGUGGAGAAAGACAGAACACUUGCAACAUAUGGGAUUAAUGCAGUAUGCACUCACCUCGGGUGUGUCGUGCCGUUUAACACCGCCGAGAACAAGUUUAUCUGCCCCUGCCAUGGAUCUCAGUACAAUGAUCAAGGAAGAGUUGUAAGAGGACCUGCUCCCUUGUCUCUGGCAUUGGCACAUUGUGAUGUAGGUUUGGAUGAUGGGAAGGUCUUGUUUGUUCCUUGGGUUGAAACAGAUUUCAGAACUGGUGAUGCUCCAUGGUGGUCAUAAACUUCUUAAAACUGUCUCUUAAUUGUCACAUAUAAAUAUAUAUAUAUCCAUAUCUGAAAUUGAAACAUUUCUGUUUUGUAUUGAUGCAUAAACACAUUUUGUCAUCAAAUUAAAUUAAUAUUAUGUGAAUUGGAGCUCGUAUAAGGUGAAAACAAAAUUUAGACUUCAA